UCACAAUCUAUUUUUUGUAAACUCAGGAAAAGAUGGGAGUCUUGAAGCCAACAGCCAUUUCCUGGCUUUCCAUUCUUCUCCUAUCCAUUUCAGUGAAGGUAAUUUCCCAACAAGAUAAUGUUCAGGAAGCUUUUCUCCAAUGCCUCCUCGACAAUUCUCACCCAUCUCAUCCCAUUUCUUCCGCAAUCUUCACUCCCCAGAACUCUUCAUACUCGUCUGUUUUACAGUCCUACAUUCGGAAUCGUCGAUUCAAUGAGACAACUACCCCGAAGCCAUUCCUUAUUCUCACUGCAUUGCACCAAUCCCACAUACAAGCCGCAGUUGUUUGUGCAAAAAAACAUGAUCUUCAAAUGAAAAUCAGAAGUGGCGGCCAUGACUACGAGGGCCUUUCCUACGUGUCUACCGUCCCCUUCUUUGUCCUUGACAUACUUAUUCUGGAUGUGGUGAAUAGUAGUAGCUCAACUGGUGGAAAGACGGUCAGGGCUUCUUUUCUUUCCUUGUUCCUUGGAGACUCAAAGACACUCCUCUCCAUCAUGAACGAGAGCUUCCCUGAAUUGGGAUUGUCUCAGUCUGAUUGCAUUGAAACGAGCUGGAUUCAAUCAGUCCUUAACUGGACCAACUUUCCUGUUGACACUUCCGCAAAAGUUCUGCUCAAUCGAACGCCUCAAACACUUACCUUCCUGAAGAGGAAAUCAGAUUAUGUUAAAGAACCAAUCCCAAAGGAUGGUCUGGAGUGGCUCUGGAAGCGGAUGAUUGAGUUGGGAACCCCGACACUGAUAUUCAAUCCUUAUGGUGGGAGAAUGGCUGAGAUUUCAGCUUCAGAAACCCCGUUCCCUCAUAGAGCUGGAAAUUUAUGGAAGAUUCAGUAUGUAACAAACUGGAAUGAAGCUGGAGCUGAAGCUGCAGAUCAUUACAUUAAUUUGACUAGGAAGCUUCAUGGAUAUAUGACUGGUUUUGUGUCCAAGAAUCCAAGAGAAGCGUUUCUUAACUAUAGAGAUAUUGAUUUGGGUGUCAAUCACAAUGGGAAGGCAAGCUACUGGGAAGGAAGGGUUUAUGGGAUCAAGUAUUUCAAGAGUAAUUUCAACAGAUUGGUGCAAAUCAAGACGAAGGUUGAUCCCGGUAAUUUCUUUCGGUACGAACAAGGCAUCCCAACGCUUCCACAUUAGAAGAAACAGAAAUUCCUUUGAAGAUAUGAUUGUUAAUUGAACAUUGCUUUGACUUGACCGUAAAAAAAUAUGUGGUUUGAGCCUUUGACUCUAAAAAAAUAAAUUAAUUUCUGUUGCUUUUGUUUUUAAUAAAGAUUUCUUGUGUGAUUGGGAUGUACUUGAGGAUAGUGAUCUUGAUACUCCAUUUUUUUUCCCUUAAUUGUCUUAUUAUGGGAUUGCACCCUUGGUGGUAACUUAGUAAAAAUUAAAAUUACAA